CCCCCUCUUCCGUCAAACUGGAGUCAUCUUUCAUCCGUCCACAGGCGACACACCCAGCCAUGGCCAACCUCGCCUCUGACGACUACUAUGAGAACCUGGGAGUGGCCCGUACCGCUACAGCGCAGGAGAUUAAGACGGCGUACCGCAAGCUUGCCAUUAAGUACCAUCCGGACAAGAACCCCGCGGACAAGCUCACGGCUGAAGCCAACUUUAAGAUCGUGGGCGAGGCCUACAACGUCCUCUCGGAUGAUGGAACCCGGAAGAUCUAUGAUAUCUACGGCAAGGAAGGACUGGAGGACGGCGCAAUGCCGAUGACCAAAGAGCGCGCUAUGGAGAUUUUCGAGGAAUUCUUUCGCUUCGGUGAAGCUAUGGACCCGGAUGCUCCCGACCGCUCCAAGGGUCUGAAGCGAGCGGCAGGUGGUGCAGUGUACGCACCCGCGAAGGGUCUUCUCUACGGUGGCAAAUCCAUUGUAGGAGGGAUUGUGAUGGGGUCGGCGGCUGUCGUAGCAGGUGCUGGUGCCAUGGUAGUUAACGUUGCCUCGGGCAUUAAAGAGAUGGGCGAAGCCGGCGUCAACUCGGCACGUAAGCGCAAGGACAGCAAGCAGACUAGUGAUAGUGAAACGGAAGUUCCUGUCGCUACUGCGGUUGACGGAUCUACAGAAAAUGGAGCUGGUGAGCAGAAGGGCGCGAUAGAGAUCGCCAACCAGAAGCCUACUCCUACCUUCAUGGGAGGAUUGAAGAAGGCGACUAUUGGCGCUGUUGCUGCUCCUGUUGCGGUAUGCUCGUGUGUUUGUGCUCUUUUGUGGGCAUCGGAGAUUGACAAUUUCUUUUUUUUUUUAAUUUUGCAGGCUAUUGUGACUGGAGGUGGCGUCUUGCUUGCCAGUGGUGUAGCAGCAGGCGGAUACGUGGUCGGUGGUUUCGCUGGCGCUGCUACGAAUGUAGCAAGUGGAGUGCGCGAGGUGAAGGCAGCAAACAAGUUGGAGAAGAAACGUCGUGCUUCCAGUGCCGCGAGCACUCGUGACUCCUCCGCCUCCACAAAGAGCUCCCCUGCUUCGUCAGAGCCAUCAGUAAAAGCGGUUCCAGUGGCUGAACCAACGAUACCAGCACCUGCAACCCAGACCGCCUAGAGGAUGAUUGGCAAGUAGACCAGUUAGAGAGAGAGAGAUAGUUCCAUAUCCAUAGUAAACCUUGAUUUAGUUACUUUCUGUUCAUUUACCCCCCCC